AUGAUCAACGAAAGGACUGAGGAAGAUACCGAUUACCUUUGUCACAUCAAAUGUUUUAGCAAAACGCUAAAGCCACUAUUCAGCGCUCAACAUCCCGUUAUCACAAUCGAUAACCGCAUUAAAAAACUCUCAACGAAUAAAAUUGUAACAAAUAAGAUUCGCUCACCUAUCGAUGAAAGCCUUAAAGUUGAAGUGGAGAAUCUGUCGAUACGUGGUAAUGAAGGAAUUCGCAUGGAAGCCAAUGCAAUGAAGUUUUUCGGAUCUACGUCGGUUAACCUCAACACUUCGCGUGAUGGCUCGAUUCGUCUGAGCGGCGCCGUGAGGCUUGACACGUCUUCUCGUGGUCUGCCACUUUCAGCAUCUCCAGCGCUUUCAGCCUCGAUCGACGCAUUCCGUGUCUGCGUUUGCCGAGGAACACAAAACAAGUUAUUUCUCACACCUGGCAACAAACCUUGUGAAGCAAGCAACGCUCUAUGUACAUAG